AUGAGUUUACCACCCCAGCAGAAACCCAACAGUAAGAGAACAGGCAAGCGCAUCUCUUUUUUCAACGACCAAGGAGUGGCGAUGAAGGAGACGUCUUCUCAGCAGAAUCCAGAAGGUUCUUGCUACGGCCUUGGUGCCCCAGCCUCAGGGCCUGGUCCUGGGCAGAGUGAGGCUGCAGGCACCGUCACCUCCACAACCUCCAACCCAGAGGCUCCACAUACUGGUGUGUACCUCAACUCAGUGAUCUUCAGUCCAGAGAAAGGAGACCAGAGUCGGGGACAUUACCAACAGACUGUACCCAUGAAGUGGGCACACCAGGUCCCAGCAGCUCAACCACAGCCUCAACAGAGAACUGGGACUGGGACUGGGAACUGGACACAGGGUGUCACUAUGGCUAACUGGGGUCAGAACUUUGCUCCCUACCUAGGGGGCGUCAGCGUCAGUGACUCACGGUCCCAGACCCAGACUGCCUUUGCCAAGCAGCAGAUCCGUGAGGGGCCUCCACCCCUGCAGCCACAGCAGCCACAGCCUCCUAGUAGGGCUGCAGAGAAGCAGCCUCCCCAGCAGCAGCAGGUGGUUAACCCUAACCCUCUGCCUGCUGGAGGAGAGGCCUACAGAGACGUUAGAGACGUGGCCAAGCCUCGCAGCCUAGAGUGGGAGCAGCAGCAUCAGGCCUCCCAACAGCAACAGCAGUCCCAGACUCAGGAAUUCCCACAGACCCUUAAGCCUGGGGCUCUAAAUGCCCAACAGCACAGCACAUCCAACCCUGCGAGCAGCUCCGUGCUUCAGCCCUUCCAGCUAGCCUUCGGCCAGCCUAAGCAACACCUAACGGCUGGCUACUACCAGGUGUUUCAGGGGGGCAAUAGGACAUUACCUAAUCUGAACUACAAUGCCCAACAGCCCAAACCCCAACCCCAUCCACAGACCCAACAGCAUCCACAGCUCCAGCAGCAGCUGCAACAGACCCAACAGCAUCCACAACUCCAGCAGCAGCUGCAACAGACCCAACAGCAUCCACAACUCCAGCAGCAGCUGCAACAGACCCAACAGCAUCCACAACUCCAGCAGCAGCUGCAACAGACCCAACAGCAUCCACAACUCCAGCAGCAGCUGCAACAACGACAACAGCAACAGAAACAAAUAUUACAGCAACAACAACAAAUGCAACAACAACAUCAUAAGAUGCAACAGCAGCAAAUGCUUCAGCAUCAACAGCAACUACAACAACAGCAACAACAACUACACAUAAAACAAGAGCAACAGUUACAACAGCAACAACAAAUACAACAGCAACAGCAAAUACAGCAACAAUUACAGCAACAACAACAAAUACAACAACAGCAAUUGCAGCAACAACAACCCCAACAUGUUCUAGAAUACUACCCCAGCAGCCAGAACCCACCUACCCACCCACACCCUCACUCCCAGCCGCCCGUGUUAGUGCCCUCCCAAGAGCCCUGUGCUCAGGCAGCAUCCUCCACAGACCUCCAGGAGAUGUCCCCAGUCCCUCCAAACACCCCCCCACACACAGACUCCCAGCUCCCCCCCACGGAGACCCAGCUCCAACCUCCCCAUAUCCAGCUGCAGCCUCGAAGGUCCAGGAGACUCUCCAAGGAAGGUGGACCACCACCAGUUGACAACCCCUUCCUCAUACCAUCUGAUGGGGCCCAGAAUGGGGCCUCUGAGGAGCCAGGUGGAGCACCGAAGGCGGAUGAAGUCCACGUUGCCCAGAUGGCCCCUACAGGGGUCAUCCAGAGCACACGCAGGAAACGGAGGGUCUCCCAGGAGGUUAACCUGGAGACGUUGGCCCAGAAAGCCUCAGAGAUGGAGUCCCUACCGCCACACAUCGUCAAGGCACAGCACCACAGGCCCUGGAGCCCCCAGAGACCAGCGCCAGGGCGAGGGACCAUGGACAAGGAUUCAGGGGGCCACAGUGCCAAGCGGCCCCGUGAUGAGAGCAUGAUGCCCCUGGUCAUCCCUGUGUCAGUCCCUGUACGGAGGCCAGACCCCUCCUCGUCCUCGUCCUCCCCAGACGGGGAGCACUCUACCCCGGGGACAGGCUGGCCACAGAGACCCUUCACCCUCCAGGACGUGACCAGUAUGGACGGCAAACCCUCCGUCAUUGUCACCCGCAGGCGAUCUCUCAGGAACUCUCUGUCAGAGAGCUCAGGACAGAACAGCGGAAUCGAGGGAGGGAACGACAACGACGGCAAGAAGCCCAAACGCCGUCCCCGGCCCGAACCCCUCUUCAUCCCCCCUCCCAAGCCUGGCACCUUCAUCGCCCCUCCUGUCUACUCCUGCAUCACUCCCUACCAGAGCCACCUCCGCUCCCCUGUCCGGCUUAUAGACAACCCCCUGACCAUGCCACCCUACACCCCCCCGCCCAUCCUCAGCCCGGUGAGAGAGGGAUCAGGUCUCUACUUUUCUACCUUCCUCUCCUCUGCUGCAUCCAGCCAGGGUCUGCCUCCACCCAGGGUCUGCCUCCAGCCAGGGUCUGCCUCCAACCAGGGUCUGCCUCCACCCAUCACGCCCAAAUCAGCCACUCGCAGCCUGCUGCGAUCCAACAGCGUUGACAUAACCCCACCACUGCUCUCGGCGAUCGGUGAGGCCACUCCAGUCAGCAUAGAACCGCGUAUAAACAUCGGUGUGAGGUACCAGGCAGAGGUACCAGAGCUGAGGCAGCGUUCAGCAGCCCAACAAGACCAUCCCAAGGCUGAGCUGGUCUGGGCUCCUCUCCACGACCUGGAGGCUAAACCUGGAGACCAGGAGAGAGUGGAUGACCUCAUGAACCUGGCGUGCUCAAGCGCUCUGCACGGCGGAGGGACCAAUCAGGAGCUGGCUCUGCACUGCCUGUACGAGUGCAAGGGUGACAUCAUGGAAGCGUUGGUCCUCCUGCUAUUGAAAACCCCCAUCUUCCCAAAGAACCACCGUCUAGGAUACUACCACUACUCCGGGUCAGACAGCUGGACCCCAGUUGAGAGAAGUUGCUUUAACAAAGGAAUCGCUGCCUAUAAGAAAGACUUCUUCAUGGUCCAGAAACUGGUAAGCACUAAGACGGUGGCUCAGUGUGUGGAGUUCUACUACAGCUAUAAGAGGCAGGUGAAGACGGGUCGGAACGGAGCUCUGAUCUACGGAGACAUGGAUCCACCUGAGAGCAGGAACACUGAGGAGGAGCUGGACCACAAGAGCUCUCAGAGCUCUCAGAGCUCUCAGAGAUUAGAAUCUCGGAAGGAAGAGGAAGACAACAGGAACUGGGAGGGGUCAUUUGACAGGAAGCAGCGGGGCUCCAGUCCAAGCAGGAUGACACAGACGUUACAGGCCACAGAGAACGCUGGAGCAGUCCUGGUGCUGAAGACACAGGAGGAUGUGAGGAGAGACCAGAUGUCUUCCCGGGUCAGUCACCCCCCUCAGCGCCCUCCCAGCGCCCCCUCCAAACCACGGCCGCCUCCCAAGACCGGGACCAUAUCAGGGACCAAGGGCCCCGCCGGACCAGAGGGAGAGUUCCCUUGCAAGAAGUGUGGCAGGAUCUUCUACAAGGUGAAGAGCCGCAGUGCCCACAUGAAGAGUCACGCGGAGCAGGAGAAGAAGGCCGCAGCGCUGAGGCAGAAGGAGGCGGAGGAGAAGGCAGCGGCCCAGGCGGCGGCAGAGGCUGCAGCGUUACUGGCCGCGCGGCAGAACGGGGAACGGGAGGGGAACACAGCCGGAGGAGACAGCACAAACGAUGACUCAUCUGAGGAAAAUGAUGAUGAAGAGGAAGAUGAGGACUGGCACUAAGACCAUAGAGAUAGAAAACGAGCCCACCCCACCUGUCUUUGCCAUUAUGGAAAGUGCACACUCAAUCUAUCUGGCUAAGACAGACAGACAGACACACUGACAGACAGACAGACAGACAGACAGACAGCCCUCUCCACUGUCAGGGUGAGGGGUAACAAACAGAACAGAGCAGAACUCUGAGGCCUCAGAACCCUAAUGCCCUCGAGUGUUCAGCUACGGCUCCUAGUGCUCAAGGGACAUUUUACGCCCUCUUGUUACGCCUGAUUUAGCAGCAUUUCUCUGGGAAAAAACUGUCUUUAUAAACCAACUGCUUUUUUAUUGUUUCAUGGAACAGGAUCUCCUAUCUUGACACUUUCAGGGACAAGUUCUCUCACGCGUUUUCUCCCUCUUCCCUUUAACCUGCUUGUGAAGUGUUCAGGGGUUAACUCUCUCAGGCACACAGUAGGGCAGGAAAGAAAGCCAUGCCAUCUCUCUCUCUAACACCAAUACUUUUAUUUCUCCUGUCUGCCAUCCACCCCUGGCUUCUUCCUCUUCCUGUCAGCACUUUCAGCCAAUCACAACACAGCACACAGACUCAUCAGGUGGGAACUAUAUAGCCACGCCCCCAGCCCAGCCUUUAAAAACUAGAAUAGUUUGUGAUGCCUGGCAAUGCAAGACUACAUGAACCACAAUGCAACCCGGCUUGGCCACUGCUUUCUCUACUCUCUGCUCCCCAGUUUGAUAUGUUAUUAUGAAUAGAAGGACACCAUAUGAGUGAUUGGGACCAUGCAAUAUUGAAGUUGAAAGGACUUCCAGGUCAUGAAAAGCCCAGAUAGACUGAUGUGGUGGUAACACCAAAGAUGGUGGAUAAAUGAAGAUUUCCCACUCAGGCAGUUUACCAUUGAAAAAAAUGGUCAGUGCUUAAGGGGGUGGCUCUCCCAUAGGCACCAAUGCAUUAGUAGCUGGGUCUGAUCCGCCUAGUUCAUUGACUGUACAUGAACCAGAAAAAGUGGGAUGUCUCACUUCUUCCGUCUCUCGUAACACUGCCUGUGUGGAGGCUUACCUACAUGUGAAGGAACAGUUUAUGGAACAGAACACACAUCGUUGUGUGAGUUUCAGCGUUUUUCCUGUUUGGGACUUUUUCACUCACUCAAGGCUGCCAAACGCACAGACGCGUCGGUCCUCAGUUCACCAAACUGGUUUCGUCUUCGUUUCAAAUGCUGUUCUUUUGGGUUUUAGUUGUGUGAAUCCCUACCCUGAUCACUUUGUUUAUAGUCAUCAUGUGGUGUUUCUCCUCACUGUCGAUGCCUUGGAUGUUUUUACCGCUUUUUAUCUUUGGAUGAACGACAAUCAAUUUUACAAAGGUUAUUUUUAUAUUCAACGAAUUACUGUUGCUUUUUUGCUUAUUAUAUCAAAUUGUUAAUGUUGUUUUUUGUUAAUAAUAUUGUUAUUAAUAAUGUCACUGUUGUCUCUUGUAUUAUUGUGAUUUUGGGUUGUUUUUGCGGCAGGUUGCUUUGGAGAUUCUCAUUUGACUGUAGUUUCGGGUUAUUUAAGACAUUGCUUUCGCUGUCUGUUUUGAACUGUGAGGUUUUAGAAUUACAUCUAAAGACAGUCUGAGUAGAGAAGAGAUGUGAAACAGAAUUGUAAACGUGCAGUAGAUAGAACAACCACGUGAUCCCUGAUGACAACACCCCCUCCCCCUUAUUUCUUGUAUCCAGAUGUCACCCAAAUGUAAAACGGUUUAGGUAAGGUAAUGGUAGGGGUUAAGGUCAGGGUUUGGGUUGGGUUUAGGGUACGGACAUCCCAAGGAUUCCGGGAUAGCACUAACCACAUCAUUACGGCAGGAGGAAAGAGUGAGGAAAACAUGAUGAUGAUUUUGACUUGAAUGGGUAUGUCCACUCUAUUUAUAUUGUCUGGACUUCGAAAAGGAUGUCUCUAUCUAUCUGACUAUCUUAUUGUCGACAUAUAUCGUUCUGCCAAGCUCCAUAUCUCUAUCUCUAUUGCCUCUGCCAAGCGCCAGACCAGACUCUAUCUGUCGCCAAGGCAACAAACGAGCAGGCUGAAGAUUCUUCUCCUUAAGCAGUCAGCCACAGUGGGGAGCAGAGAGGAACAGCUCCAAUUACCGGACCCAGUUAAACCUACCUGGGUACUAUGCACUGUGUGUGUGUCAGAGGAGGCUGGCGGGGAGGGCUAUAGGAGGACGGGCUCAUUGUAAUGGAAUACAUGGAACAGUAUCAAACAUUUACAUUUGAGUCAUUUAGCAGACACUCUUAUCCAGAGCAACUUACAGAAGCAAUUAGGGUUAAGUGCCUUGCUCAAGGACACAUCGACAUAUUUUUCGCUCGGGAAUUCCAACCAACAACCUUUUGGUUACCGGCCCAAUGCUUUUAUCUCCUAGGCUACCUGCCACCACCAGAAACAACGUGUUUGACUCCAUUCCACUGAUUCCAUUCCAGACAUUACAAACAGCCCAUACUCCUAUAGCU